AAUAGUCCACUAUUUAGCAUAUAGGUCAGUGUUCGCUGCUUCAAUCAUCGCAGUUAAAUUCACCUCUGAUACGCUGAUAUUGUACACUAAUGAGGAUCGUUUGUUCAUUUCGCAGGAUGAACGGAUUGUGAGGUGCAGAAAACGUGCGGAAGGCAGUGUCAUGAUAAUAUUUGGAAGUUGUAAACGUGACCUAAAGUAGUCCAGAGUGCUAUUUUUAUCCGGCCCAUGGAAGAUCCAUUCCGAAGUUAGCAAAAUAUUGAGGCCGAAUCGGCGAAUUUAGGUUAAAUUCACGAAUGCGGUUCUGAAAGGAUGUCAGCCAAUAUGAAAGCACAAAUAGAAGUAAUACCAUGCAAGGUGUGUGGGGACAAAUCAUCUGGUGUCCAUUAUGGGGUCAUCACCUGUGAAGGAUGCAAGGGUUUCUUUAGACGGUCACAGUCAGGCCCAGUGAACUACCAGUGUCCACGAAAUAAAAACUGUGUCAUCGACAGAGUAAAUCGAAAUCGAUGUCAGUAUUGCAGACUGCAAAAAUGUCUGGCACUGGGCAUGUCACGAGAUGCGGUGAAGUUUGGCCGGAUGUCAAAAAAACAGAGAGAAAAAGUGGAGGAUGAAGCCAAGAUGGUGAAGGCGGCACGAAUGAAUGGGUGCGAUGAUCUUGGGUCCUUAACUUUCUCUUCUCCCCCUCUGCCUCACAGCAGUCAGUAUACCACGAUUGCAAACCCUCAGUAUCCAUACACCACGAAUGGGUAUACCUUUCCAAUGGACAACACCCCACAGGCUGACUACUCUCCUCCAUCAUCAUCAGGUAGUGCUGGUUUGCCCAGUAACAACAAUGGCAGCCUUAGCAACAGCAGCGUUGGAGCGUUGCCUUACCAGACAACUGUUACCUCGCCAACCACAUCUCCUCCACACCCUGUUGCCUUAGUUCGAGCUGUUGACCUUAUGGAUCCAGUUACAUUGGGAAAUGCCAUCUCAGAGGCACAUCUUCGCACUUGCCUGUACACAAAUGAACAGAUUGAGGCUCUGAAGCAACAGUCUGUUGCGCAAGAGGUUGUGGAAGCAUAUAGAUCUAUGAAUCAUCGGCAGCUAUGGGUGGAACUUGCUGAUAAAAUCACCAUGGCAGUGCAGCACAUCAUUGAGUUUGCCAAGAUGAUCCCAGGGUUCAUGGACCUGUCACAGGAUGAUCAGAUUAUGCUAUUAAAGGCUGGGAGUUUUGAGCUGGCACUUCUACAAGCAUGUCGUGUGUUUGAGCCAUUAACCAACAGGAUUAUUUUUGGUGACCAUUUUCUGCCAUUGGAAGUUUUCAGCAAUCUGAAUGACGAUGAAAAGAAACUAAUGUCUAGGAUAUUUGAAUUCAUCAAGUCCAUUCAAUCUAUGGCCAUUACAGAGACAGAGAUGGCUUUGCUCAGUGCACUCAUCCUAAUCAGUGCAGAUCGACCAGGAGUGAAAGAAGUACAAGACAUACAAAAGCUACAUGAGAAAAUUUUGGCAGCUUUGAAGAUUGAAAUUGGCAACAACCACACAGACGAUCAGGAGAUUCUGGCUCGCUUUGUAAUGCAAGCAACAGUGCUGAGGACACUAAGCAACCAUCACAUUCAUAUUCUGAAUCGCUUUAAGGAAUCUGCCCCAGAUGUGGAUUUUCCAGCUCUGCAUAAAGAGCUGUUUUCCAUCGAUACUCCAGAAGGAUCAUGAAGAGUCAGGAGAUUGCCACGCCAGUUUCUUCUCUUCAUGUCUUCUUUUCUUUUCCUUUUAGCUUUUGUGUUGGGGUUGCUGCCUUCUGACUUACCCUGUCUGUUUGAACUAGAAAGACCUCAUGUCAUUUGCUGACGGAGUCUGCUAUUGAGCAAGACUUCAUUGUUGUUUUCUUUCUUCUUUUUUUCUUUGAAACUGCCUUUCCUGUUAUCUUUCACUUCUUUCCUUGUCUGUCAUGCACAAAUAAAUUUAAAGGUAAAAGUUUGAUAGUCAACAAGUUCUAUGCUGGCUGAAAACUGACAGACCAUACUUUAACUGGAAUUUUUGUGGAGAUCGUUCUUGAUGGAAGGUAAUGGAUGGUAUUUGUUUUGAAACAUUUAACUUUACAAGAAUUGUUGUUGUGAAAAUGGUUUUCAAAGCGGGUAAUUGUUGUAUUCUCUUUCCUUUCCCAUUCUUCCUUUAGAUUAUGAGGACAGCAGUUUUAUGUGAGGACUGGCACUUCUGGACAUACCUUGCAGCAUUCCCUGGUUGUCUGGCAUUAGGCCUUCAUCUUCCCUUUUAAGGAAGAUCUGCUUUGUGUUCUCUUCAGCUUGGAAAGACACCCAUUAUCUAUAACGACUCAUAAUUUUUGUUCUGUCUUAAGCAUUUCACGUGCUGCCUAUCACAGAGUUAGCAGCUAAAGAAAUUGAAGGUUUCGGCCUAAGAACCAUCCUAAGAUAGAUAAAAUAUGCAUUUUAGAAAUAAGUAGAAAAGUCCUUUUUUAAUAGAUAUUUGUUUUUGUUUUUUUUAAUAUAUAUACAACUUGUAGUAGUAGUUGAUUUCUUUGGCCCAAGAGAGGGCUGAAGCUGAUCCUCAUUGACUGGUAAAGCAUGAGAAUAAAUUGGACACUACAUGUGUAUUAAACCCUGGAUGACACUUUCUGGUAACUUUAACUGCUUUUCUCAGCAGACCUCACAUCUGUGUGAACGUACAUUAUUUUUUUUUACAGUACUCUCUACUUCUUCCCCAUCUUCUGCCUUGGUCUUGUGAAAAGUGUGUAAAAACUGUUUUCUUUCCUUCUCUUGCCUUCACUGUUUCUGGGCCAGAUGUGCUACAUAUGGCAUUUGUACUGCAAAUCCAUAUUUUCUGGCAAUGACCUUGGCAUCAUCAGAGUUAAUGCUGCUGGGAGGAGAAAAGAUUGUUGCACUAAAACAGUUCAGGAGUCUGUUGCAGUUGAUCGAGAUAAAAUGUUUAUUCGGAGGUCAGGGGUGUUGGGAGGAAUGGGUGUUUUACCCUGAUUCAGUAACUAAGGCUAUAUCACUUCAAGUCAGCCAGCCUUGUGAACAGAUGCCACAUGAAGAGAAAGAACAGUGUGCUGAGACAAAAGCUGAACCCAGGACAGCCAACCUUCACUGUAUUGGUGACAGACGCUAACCUUUGUGCCACCUGACCACCCUUGGAAGGCAGGGGAUCAAACCAUGAAAAAGUAGCAUGAACUAGCAAGAAAUGCUGCACAAACACUUAUGUCUACAAGGAUUAACUAUUAAAAAAACAUUAAGAGUGGAAGCAGAUAGCUGAGUGGAUGUGCAAAUGCAAGCUGGGUUGACAACAUCGUGAUGCAGCAUAGUUUGUCCUAGUUCAGCUGGCUGUGGAGUGUACCAUCCUUGUAGGGUUGAUCCAAGUAAAGCAGCUAGGGAAAGAUCUACAAUAGCCCUCACAAAGAGCUGACAUUGAGAGGUGUGCAGUGUUUAAUGCCUCAACCUAAAGGCUAUGGGAUUACCCCAUCCCUCCACAUUUUCCUAUCACAUUACAAGUAUGGUGCAAGAAGUCUUGCAGAUCCCAAUUAACAGCAAGCAGCUCACAAGGGUCAGAUCCAUUCAGCAAAGAGGUUUUAUUGUGGGCACUUGAGGGCACAAAGCAUAAUGUUUAGUUUCUUGAAUAUGAAGCCUAGAAUCCUCCUUUUGUGUUACUGAAAGUGUCAUCCAUGUGCUACUGUGAAAAUUGUUCACAUGAUGUACAGUUCUGACAUAAAUGGUUAUUGGCUCCAAACGAACAGCCUAGGUCUCAUAUUUUUCAGGUGUCAUCUUACAAAAUUUAAUGGAAAUGUUUUAUUGUUUUGUGUUAUUUUUGCUGCAACAAUCAUUGCAAACAUUUUGAAACAUUAAACAUAUUGGGUGGGGUGGAGUCUUCAUGUUCAUUAUCAGUACCUCAAGAAUGAGUGUGUCUUUGUCAAGAAUGGGUAGGAGAGUGUAAUCUCCGCUCACUGAAACUUAAAAAUAUCCAGCAGCAUUGCAGAUGGUGUCUGCCUAAUCCAAGAGAAUUGGCAGUAAGCAUUCAAAGACAGAUUACCGCUUUCUAGAUGUGAACUGAGCGAAGGAAGAUAUGUAGCAUCUUGCAAAUGGUGACAAUUUUUCAGUGUGAUCAUUGAGGAAAGCAUAGCCUUCUCUGGCAUGGUACAGACCUUUUGCAAAGCCAGCAGUAUCUGGCCAGCAUGCAACAGUUGGGUGUGAGACUUUGCACUUAAUGUUUCACGACAAGAAGCCAGGCUUGUGAAGUGUGGCUUGUGAUUUGUAACAGAGUUUUAUAUAUAUGCAGACUUUUAUUUUCUACGCUGGUGGGAUCUGUGCCUGGCCCAGUGGCCACCAGAUAGACAUGGAAGUCUCUUUGUAUGUGUAUAUUCAGGGAUUAUUGUACACUUUUUACUCACCAGCAACAUGUUUAUUCCUGCAUGAUGAUAUAUUUACUGUAGCUUGUUGGUGAAACAGAAAAAGGAUGUUGUACAGAGACAAAAUGUUUUGCAAGUAUAUUUUUCUUUUCUCCUAAAGAGAAAACAAGUUUUAAACAGAUUAAAGCCCACUCCCUCUAAUCCAGUGCUGUUUGUAUAUUAGCUUUUUACUCCUUUUUCUUUUUUAAACAUUGUAUAUCGUACAUCAGUCAAUUGUAAUUAUAGACAAAAUGGCCCCUAUUCCUCUGGCCCACCACAUCAUCUUUUGACCCCUCCCUCCACCAUCACUGUGUGAUCCCUCACCCCUAGUGGGCUGAUACAUAAACUGUAAAGUGAACAAAGAGCACUGUGGGUAAUACGCAUAACUUAUAUAGUGAACAUGGAAGAAGGCUGAUUAUGAAUUGUGAGGGUUUCUUCCAAGCAACAAACUUGAAUCAGAAAUAUAUCAUAAUAAAACCUAGUUAUUGAAGGCAAAACUUGAUGUAUUUUUGUGUCCUGUAGAAGAUGGCAAGGCUGCCUGCUCAUAUGAAUGAGAAUAUAAAAAUUGAAUCCAGAAGUAUUUUGGAAAGGACGUUGUGAUUAUGUAUUAUAGAUUGGUGCAAGUUAAAGCGAAAGAUUUGAAAUCUCCCCAGAACAGGCGCAAAUUUUUGCAUACGAUUUAUAACUUGUUCACAAGUAAGAGAAACAUUUAAGAGCUGACUACUAUCAUGAUUAAGACUUGUUCAGUAAUUACAGAAAUGAGAACAGUGGUGUGCUGCAUUUCCAAUAGUUUGUGAGUUGGUUCCCCUUUCCCAUUACCCCAAAUACAGUGCCAUGAAUAUUAAAGAGCUUUUUCUCCCCCACCCACCCCUUGUACUUUAUACACUCAGAUCUUUCAUUUUCAUCGCAAAUAAGUUCACCUCAUUUCCAUAGGUCCCAAUUCUUACCAUCACUUUUUUGACUUUACCUACAGUUGUUAUGUAGAACUGUUUUUAGAGAGGUGACAUUGAAGAUUGUUAUGUAUUAUCUCUGUAUCUGUGAAUUAAAUGAAGGAAAAAAUAAGUUUGUUAUCACUACACACCAUAUUAAAUGUUUAUAUUCUUGCUAUGGGCAUGAUAGUUGUCUCAUGCCAAAAGACUUAACCUGCCAUAUUUUUUGGUCAGCAGCAAAUGAUGUAAGAAGUCUGUUAACCUGAAAUGUAUCCUUGUGUCUGAUUUCCACACCUUUGUGCAGCCACAUUACAUCAUUCAUUGUGGCUGUCUUAUCAUGCUGAUGUCUUAUUUCCAUGUUGAAAUGAAUUUCAUACAGAGAAAGAGUUGUAGAUAGUGUGCACAUGCACACAUUUUUACUCAUUCACUCAGAGAAGUUAGUGAAUUAGUAAAUAACAUGUUUGUAUAAGACCAUGCUUGUUGGUAAUCCCUUUUACCACUCACAUUAUUGACUUCACAUUUUUGUUACAUCUUUCUUUUUACCAACAGCUGAAGUUUUACGGGUCUGUCCUUGGCAAUAGCUAUGUGUGUUUUCUGACUACUCAUAAGUAACAUUGGGGAUUACUCCACAUACAAACUAGAGUUUUUUUCCCCUGUUCCCUUUACCAUUUUGUAGGCACUAUCUCAUGCUUUGCACAAUUUUAAAACUUAAUAAUUAUUCGUAAGCAGAUUUAUACAGUACUUUUCUCCACUGUUCAGUAGAUGCGAUCUGCUUAACAAAAACAUCAUCUUACAGCUUCAAAAGUCUCAUAGCACAUGUUUAAUAGCAAACAUACUAGCAAAUAUACAGAGACACGUCAGAAAAAGAGAAUUGUGCUUACAAAGCGUGCAUUGACAGCACUGCAGCAAAAGGAUAACAGACCUUAUCUGCAGGUGUAGAAUAACAUGUUAUCUAUGCCACUGGCAACAUUGUCUCUUUCUGUUGCAUGAAAUUCAUUUCAUCAAUUUUGUUUGUUCGAUCAUUUAUUUGUCUUGAGAGUUGACUCGGAAAUGCAGAUAUAGAAAUAUAAAUAUAUAUACACACACACAAAAUACAUUAAAUAUAUUUAGCAGUUCACAGAUGUAGUCCAUUCUUUUGUUUGUCACUUUUUGUCUUCUCAAAAGAUAGCAGUGUGCCAUGUUGGCAUUUUUUUUUUUUUUCAUGUGUUCCAAUCUGUAUACAGAUGCUUUUUUUUAACUUGUACAGCUUUGAUAAAUACGAUAUAUUGGCAUUUACCAGGCUAAUAUUUUCCUUCGUGAAUUCUGCAUAUUCUUAAGCUUUCUUUCUGCAUAAAUUUGAAAAAAUGUGAUUUCCAUUUUCUUGGCUGCUCUCUCUCCUGUGCGUAAUUUUGUAAAUUUAAGCAGAUGAUUGUGGGCACAUUUCCGUGAACAGUACAUAAAAUUCUUCUUGUAUGCCCUCAUGUUAUUUGUAGAGUCGUGUUGGCAAAAUUCAGGUGGAUUGUACCACUGUUUACUUUUCAAUUGUUCUACUUCUAGCCACCUGUCAAAUCACUCAGUGGCUUUCAAGUUGACUUUAGGUGCUGUCAUCCCAGACAUUGCAUCCAGUGUUCGUUUCAUUGCUUGGUAGUUGUUCGCUUCUAAAACAAAAAGGAUGAUAUUUCAUUGUCUAUUUGGCUUGGUCAUUUCAGGAGUGUCCUUGUAGCUUUCGUUCCAUUGCCAGUAACAGUUGAUUGCACUCAAUGAAUGCCAGCAUCAGAUCACUGAAAGGGAGGCCACUGAUAAAUUUGCUGUAGAUGUAGGCUUGAUUUCAACUAAAACCACUGUCUGAAACAUUAAAGAAACUGCUUCAGCAUGCAAGCUUUUUGUAGGCAACAGAUAAAUGUAGCUGUUCUUAGUUUGAGUUAGAAAUCAGUUUCAGUUUGUAAGUGUAAUAGCAAGUUGAAUUUUCUGACUUGAAUUUGUUAUAUCCCAGAUUAUGUUGCAUGUGUGUUCUUUGAAAAGUGAUAAGAUUUGUCCAUGCAAGAAUGGUAGCAGUGUCUUCUGCUUACCAGUUCCUUGAGUGCUUUUCUUUAGCAGUAAUCAUAAAGGCAAAUAAUAUUUUUCAACUGUGAGACUUGCAUUUAUCAUGUCUUCUGCCUUGUAGAAUGACGUACAGAACAUGCAGCAGACUGUUUUAAUGAGAGAUAAUUUUGGCCUUGUACUGUAGAUAUUGGACAGUUCUUAUUCUUGUAAGAAAGUAUACUUCUCUAUUGGUGGCUCCUACCACUCUCAGCAUUAGGUCAUAAUCAACAUUCCAAAAGUUUUUUGUGUUGGAAUUUUUCUUGCUUGUUAUGGAAAUUUGUAUUAAAAUAUCUCAAGCUACAUCAACUCUCUUGGUGGCCCUUUAGUCUACAUGAAAAAAAAUUUAGAUUUUCUCUUCUUUUUUUUUUUGUUGUUCCCUUGGACUGAAUGGCUUGCCAUGCAGUCAUCAGAGGGUAUAACUUAUCAGGGGCUUGCGUCUUUUGUAAAGCAACUUUUUUCCCCCAGCCCCUUCUGCCAUUUCUAGCACUUUCUUUUAAGCUAACUCAUUUUUUAACCCCUGCCUCCAAUUUUUUUCUCACCCAAAGUCGGUGCUUAAGACAUGUCAGUUACAGGGUUCUCUAAUUAAGUGCUUAGUCAAUUGCAGCUGCCACAGUUUGAAAGCAGAUGAUUCUUAUUCUUGAAGAUUCCCUCAUACUGUUUGUAACUCAGCUUUAUUGACUUCCAUAGAGAUUGUGUCUGCAUUUAUUGACCUCAGGUUAGAUGUCGACUAUAAAGGUGUGUAUAUAUAUUUCUAUUUCCAUUUCUCUGGUGCGGUUUUGUAAGAGAGAUUGUGUUGUGGAGAGACUGCCAGUUUAUUUACCCUAGGGUUUUUUCUCUCUAGUUAAAAAUAUCACAGCUUCUGAAACCACUUGGUUGCAUUUCACUUGGGGAAAAAAGUUUGCUCUAGAUGUUUGUCAGGGAAGUAUACUAUUUUAACAGGUGGUUGAUAACUGUGGAAUUAAGCUUAGGCAGGCAGGUGAAUGAGAAAGGAUGAAACUUGCUAAUUCAUAAAGACUUGUGUAAACAGUGGGACGUCUGCUGUUUCUUUUAUUAACUGUGCAGCAUUCCUUCAAGAGUUAAGAUGAUGGGCAUGGCACUUCCAAUGCCUUGUCUUGUCCACAAAGAAAGAAGAGUGAAUUAUGUUCAGACUUGCCAGGUAUGAAUUGCCAGAAACAUUAGUCAGUGAGGUUAUCUAAGCAGCUUAGUGACAUUGAUGCUUGGUCUAGUAGUCCUUAGUACGGGUGUUGGUCUGCACACCUAUAGUAAGGUGUUUUAGGACAAACAACUGUGAUCAUUAAGCACAGAGCAGACAUUUCUGUUUGGGACUUGAUCAGCUGAGUUACUUUUAACUUUGCUUUUUCUGUUGAAGCCAGAACUGCUGGUGUGUUGAAACCUCAUUUGCAAUUUUGCAGCCUGCUAGUGACAAGAUCUACUCCAGAUGCAUUCCUGGCAUUGAAGUCUGUCACCAUGGCAGCAGCUUACAAGGACUUUCCUCUUGAUGUUAACUUCUAGCACAUCUCUGUUGUCAUGUUAUACACCAUGGGAAUUCUCAUGUUUUCUAGUAUGCAAAGAACUGGGGGCAAACUGCUAUCCUCAUGACCUCAUUUGCAUAUGCAGCCUUUCCUUGUGAUUUUGGUAACAGUCUUCAUGUGCACUUCUAAUAGGUUUGUUCAUGUGUGUUUAUUCUACAAGUAGCAGUACUCUUGGUGUAUUGAGAAUGGUUAGGGUAAAACAGUGGUAACUUUUUUUUUAAGAUAGAAGACAUGAUAGCAUUCUCCAGCAUGACAGGAUUAAUAAAUGCCAGUUAAUGUUAUUUUUGAUGUGACAUUUUUACUCUGCAGUCUCUUCCCCUGGCUGUGAAGUUGAAACAUCCUGCAUUUGAUAUAGAUGUGAUUUGAGAGGUUUUCAGAAGUAGAUGAGUGAGAGUAAGAUGCUCAUUCAAAAACUCCACCUAGGCAAGGGACACAUUUGAUCCCAACAUGAGGCAUAUUUCUGUGCCAUGAUUGUACAACUAAGCCAUAAUUUGAUGAGCGUUUUGUGUUUUUGAACUUUGUGUUGAACACUCAGGAAAAGCAGCAUGAGGCAAACAUGUCUUAAACAUUCAGCAACUCAAGGCAAGCUUCCUGUAAUCAUCAUUUAGUCAUGACUAAGCUAGAUUUGCAUGAGCAGCAAAUAUGCAUGAGUAGUUUUCAUGGGUUUAGUUGAUUCAACCACAGCACGAGUUGAUUUGACCACUGCCUAUAGUUGAUUUGACCAAUUCAUCUAUGGGAUAAUGUGGCCAUGAAAUAAGUGAAUUUUGAUGCAAUCUCUUUUUUGUCUUUGGUUGACGCACAUUGAUCUUGCUUGUGAGUUAGAGAAAAUCCAAGUCAAUAUAAAUCAGUUUUUCUACAUAUUCUAACAUCUCCGCAUUUUUUUAACACCUUUAUUUAAAAACACAUCCCCAUGACCUGUACUUUUAUGCUUUGCUAUUGAGUAAAUUAAACAAAGCAAGAAAUUUUUUUUUUUCCCUCUUUCCUAAUACAUAGGUAUUCAUUCGCCACACCUAGUAGUGUCUACUUUUCAUUUGAUGACAAUGGCGGCUGACCUGUCACGUGACUAAUUUGUAUAGAAAAAUAUGUUUCUUUUUGUUUACAAACAACCAGCAACAAAUAUGUCAUUUCACUGGACAGUAACAUCUAUACUCAGUGGUCAAAUGGACUGAGGGUUGUAGUGGAAUUGACUGGUUGAAUUGACUCAGGAUCUUGGUUGAAUCGACUGGUAGCCAUUUUCAUGCUACCACAUCAACGAUAGUAAACUAAGAAUAUAGUAGCUUUUCAUGUUUUUGCAGUGCAGUUUCGUGUGCGUGCUUACAUCUCCCUAAAUUUGAAAGAGUAGAACAUAAAUCUGCCAUUUUCUGAACUCUUGAUAAGAUUUGAUUCUCAGAUUAUCUUAGUGUGCAUCAAAUUCACUCAGUUUUUCUUAAAACGUUAUAUUGUUGGUAUAAAAGAAAAUCAUGUCUAAAUCUGUAAACAGCCUUUCCUACCUAAAUCCUUGAUGCAUCACUUGUAAAUCAAAAAAUAAUUAACAGUAUCCAGGGGACUUUCCAAAAAUGAUUUUCUUAAUACUCAUUGAUUACAUUAUCAGUUUGUCCCUCGUCAUUUGCUAUUUGCAUUCUUAAGAGGUUAUUUGAUUUGGAAAUUGUGAAGUAAAAGCUGGAGUUACAUUCCAUUAUAAAUUGUUUUUUUUUUUUUUUAAGCAUUAAAAAUUAUUAAUUUUAGUAGGUGUAAAACACAGGCUGAAGUCAAGAAAGUAGAAGAAUGCUUAUGCCACAUGCUGAACGUGUUAAUACAUAUUGGUUCAGGGGCCAGUUACACUAUGUGUCUCUUAGACUUGAAAACUGUUCUAACGAAACAAAUUUAUAAAUGUUUUUCCUGACUCAAUUAGAUAUGUUGCACUAAACUGAUUUUAAUAGUGAUGACUGGUUAUCACAGCUUCAGGAAGACCCUAUGUGUUUACAAACAAACAAAACCAUGAUGAAAUUAAACUGCAAAAAAUUGUUUCUGCGCUUUGAAUUUUAACAAACUGACAUCGCCAGAAUUAUUGAAGAGAUUAAAGUGACUGCUGGUGAAGCACAGCAUUUAAAAAAAAUAUUGGAGACACUUUGAAUGUUCAUCUGUUAACAUGUAUUUUUCAUGUGCAAACUAUAUUGUAACAUAACAUGCUUAUGUACUUUACCAUGAUGUUCUUACAGAAGAAUGUUUACUUAAGAACUAGUUGACUUAUCGUGGUAAUCAGCUCUAGUUAUGGUUGGGCUGGCCUGCCAAGUCAUGUGGUGAUCUGCUUUGGCUGCUGCUUUCAUAUCCCACUAUACUCAGCUCGCAGUAUCAGCCAUGCAUUCAACUUGAUAUGUUAUCCUAGUCUGGAAUUUGAGGAGUCAACAACCUGCUCUUUCUUUUGCUGCUUUUCCAUGGGGCUUCUAUAGCAUAUGCUGAUGGGAACAUGAAUCCGUGAUAGGAGCGAAAGUCUCGUUUAAAUAGUUUUAUCUUAUUUUAAGUGAUUUUAGAAAAGUUGUAAAAUUGUGAUGUGCCACAAGUUAAGAAGUUAAGAAGUCCUAAAAUUAUUAAAAUCUUAAAUGUGUUGUGCAACUUGCCCUAGGAUGCUAGCAAUUUAUCAGUUUAAUGUCCCCAUGGGAUUAGCAGAUCACAGGUUUGAGAUUGGCUCCCCAAGUGAAUGGGAAUUUGAUAUUUUUAAAAUGGAAGUGGGGGGGGGGGUUCAAGCUGAUACUAGUCAGUGGGCCUGAACCUUUUUAUAAGUAAAACCUUUUUCUUUUGUGGAUGAGUGUUUGGGGGUGGGGCUGUGUAGACUUGUAAUUAGUGUGCUUAACUUUAGUUCUGAAGGUUGGUGGCUUGAUCCUCGCCUUGUCUGUGUUGGGACAUCUCCCUCUGCCCACCCAGGGGUGGUGGAUGUCUGAUUUGUCACAUGAUAAAAGGUUGGGCUGCCACCUUCCACAUUCUCCUUUUUAGACAUAGCAAACCACUUACAAUUGCCUAUACCUAUGGCCCUUUAUCUCUAUCUCUUUUUUUAAGGACCUGUCUGUGUUUUAUGACUGUGUGUGAAAUUUGAAUCUGGUGCUAUUGAAGAUUUUUCAGUGAUGAAUACAAGGGCCUGUGCGUGUUUUCAGCUCAAGUAUAAUAGCCAGUUCUUUUGCUGUUGCCUUUUUAUGACACAUGUUUGGUGGCAUUAGAAAUGAAACUGCUUGUAGUUUCAUCAACACAUUUUUGUAAGCAUUACAGUUUUUUUAAAUUGUUUGUGAAAGUGGGAGUAUUAACAGUUUUAUAGAAAGAAUUGCCAAGGGGACAUGUUGUUGAAAGUUACAAAGUAUUCUGCGGAUGGCCUUUUGUUUUUCAUUUCUGAUGUUGAUGUGAAAGCUUUAGUUACUCUUAAGCCAUAAAAUCUUUGUUACAGAAAUCCUGAAAUAAUUCUAUUGAAACUUUUUACUAUUACUACUUUUUACUUAUUUUCCUUAUUUAAUCUUUUAUCUUUUUUAAAACAUAUCUGUAACAUUUUGAAGGAAGAGUGCAUAUCGAAACUGUGCAGUUUUUUCAAUCCACACGGCCCACCAACUUUUACUGAGUCAUUGUAGCAUAGAAAGUCAUGAAAACAGACGUUAGACAAAAAAUUUCAUAGGAUAUAAAACAUUUUCUUAACGCUAGCAAAGUUCGUAAUGGGAGUGUAUCAUCAGGUGAUGUUAAGAAAGAGAUUACGCAAGCUGGCAAAGCAGGAUUUGUAUUUGGCACUGGGGAAAUGGGUGGGUAAUUUUGUCCUGUUGGCAAUGACAAACGCUGCUGACAAUGUGACAGACUUUUCCAAAUGAAUUCUUUGCUUUGAAUACUUUAGGACUGUUGAUUUCCAUUCCUAUUUGUUAAACAGUUUACCAGAGCUUUUUGCAUGCAUGCCUUUCUCCCACCACAUACCCUUGGCCUCAAGCAUAUUUUGAGCAUACAUUCUUGUCAGCUGGAUACUUAAAAAGAAUUAAUUUGUAGUUUUCAUGCACUGUACUCUGCUUAUUUGUGCUUGCUUAUUAUCAGAAACUUGCCACCAUUGUUUUUCUUUUGCUUGAAGAGUAUUGGUAGGCUCAGUACAUUAAAAACUUUUCUUUUCUUUUUUUUUCCUCCUAACUAUGUUUAAAGCCACGUGUACUUGUUGGUCUGGUCAAUGCUGAAGCACUUAUUUUGAGCUAUUGAUGAAAGUGAAACAAGUUAGUCUGUUGUCUAGGAUUACUUCCACUAGUCACAAUGCAAACCUAGUAUUUCUUAUUGCUGCAUCAUCCCACUUCUCACAGGAGCUGUGUUUAGUCAUCUGCCUCUUGCUGAUGUGUUUCACAUCCAGUCAAGAGGAUGGCUUAACCUUGUCAGAAAGAAUGGCAGCUGUUUAGGAGAAAAAAAAUGCAAGACAAAUAUACUAUAACAAGAAUGAAAGUGGUUUGCACAUAGGCAUUCUUUUUUUCCAGCCCCACCAUUCCAAACCUUUGGAUUAUCAGCAGGUCCCUGUUUGAGUCAUUUGCAGGUAUCUCUUUUUCUGAGUCCUUCCUUAUACUUGACUAACUUGUUCCUUCUAGAGUCAGCAGAUUCAGGUCAUCAACAUUUUGUGCAAGCUGGUGCAUGAUUUUCAGGAUUGUGGUGGUGACUUGCUGCUUGCAGACAUGGCAAGCGCCAUUUAUAAAUAGCUGCAUAAAGGUCAGAGAAGAGCUAGCUCUUUUUUUCUUAAUUUUAAUUGCUUGAAACUAGAAAACCUUUACCAUAAACUACUAACACAAGAUGACUUCAUGUUGUAUAGAAUACCUCUAUUGACAAGUUUUUAUUUGUUUUUAGAGGAAGGCAAAGCUUUUGUUUUUGCUAGACUUGUUCACUGUAAUUUUUAGUCUUGGAUGUUUGAGAUCUGUAUUUUUCUUAGACAUUGUUAAUAUGUGAGGGGCAAAUUCCGACAUGAAGAUCAUAUACAAAUUUGCCAGAUGUUACAUUAAAUAAUGUACCUGUUCAGUUAAGGACACUUACCUGUAAGAGAGUAGUUCAUUCUUUAAGUCUUCGUUACGUCCAUUACAAAGGCUGACUAUUUAAUUGGUGACAUCUUCUGCCAAGAUUUGCAUGGUAAAUAUUUUGUGGGGAGGCUUUGUAACAACUAAAUGCUCAUUUUCCCUUCACACCAAAACUUAGAUAUGGAUGAAGAAUGGUUAGUUUUGGAAAUUCAUCGGUGGUGCAGGCACCAUUUGUAGAGGAUGAAGCAAAUUUUGAAGCUGUUAUUUUCAAGGCCAAAAUAAUUGAAGAGGAUAUUCCUUGAUGUAGUGAGAAGACAUAUUAAUAAGGUAUUUAUUUUAUUAAUGAUCAUAAAAGGCAGAUUCUAGACUUUAAUAUGUCAGUGAAAAUUAUCAAAUCAUAAUUUAUUAGAUGUCAGUUACAGUGAAUUGUUUUUCUGGGAAGCUCAUAUUAUUGUUUAAUAUGUCCUUUUGAUGUUUGUUGCUGUUACAAUUUUGGCUUUGAUCAAGAGAAAUAAUGGCUAUUUUUUAUUGUGGCAUAUCCAUUUCACAUUUUUCAUUGAGGGAUUUUUUUUUUUGUGGGGGGCAUGCAGUAAUCUGUGAGCUUUUAGGUGUUUAUAAAAAAAUGUAAGGGUUGUGGUAGGAAAGAAAAACUUGUGCAGGUCACAUCUGCCUCAUGCUGCUUCAUUUGCAGUUUGAACUUCAACUGCUGUUGGAAGUUUUUCAUGGUACUUUUUCUCAACAACAGAAAAUGGGCUUAUUCUGGUUAUUGGUAUGAAAAUUGCUUGUGAAAGAGUGAACACAUCGUCAAGAUUUCUUGUUUGUCAGCUUUGUGUUUGUCACAGAUAUUUCUGAAACAGGGCAUUGUUAUAUAGAGGAAAUCUGUCUUGUUAUGUCUUCAUUACCUUAUGAUUGCUCUAAAAUAGAAAUAUUAAACCCUGUUGAAAAUAUAUCCAUGUUGUAUCUUCAUCAUCACUCUGCUUAGAUGGUGUUGAGAACUGGUGUUCUGUAAUACUGUCAUUUUCAUUUGCAUUUCUGUAAACUGUGCUUACUUUUUGAGAGUCUUCUCCCCCUUGUCCCCUUGUUGAUUACUUCUCAUGUUAUUUGUCUGUUAUUCUCUGGUUCACUGUUAAAAUUACUAACAGUGAGCUUCUCUUCAGGGAUUGUGAAUGAAUUAUGGUGAAUAAAGCAAAUCAGUAAUGAAUUUGAA